AUGAAUUCCAGUAUCCUCCUGUUUUUAGCUUCCUGGGCGAGCUCGGUGGCUACGAUGCUGUCGGGGUUUAUGUUAACCCUCGCCUCAUUUCCCAUCGCCCGUCGAUUCUUCCAAGAUGUCCAGAGCUCUCGGUUGAAUCGCCUGCCGACCCCAUACCAAUUGGCACUGACCUUGAAGUUUCUGGAUGGAAGCACUCUCGCUGCGAUCUGGGGUUGGGUCGUCUAUCUCUUUUCGUGGAGAAAGAAGCGUGCACCGCUGACACCUCCUUUGACCGCCGCUUCAUCGGUUGCGUUACUUGCAACACUGCUUGGGUUGCUUGUUACCCUAGGGGACACCUGGCUGCACCUGACCACCACCACUGUGGAAUUCACUCAAGUCAAGCCGGUCACCAACCAGACAAACUAUGGUUUUGGACUCAUACCUGAGUGUCUUACGAGCAACAACUCGGUGGCAGCACAGAGCGGAGAGCAAAUUUUAUGCAGCGUUUCACUAGCGGUGACCGGCAGCUUCCUGCGAAAUGGAACGACCUCGCUCGGAGUUCUGAAUGACAUGUCCGACCUGGCGACCGUCUCGACAUAUACUGACCCACAGGCGAACAAGUACACCUUUCUGCAAGCACCAGAAGGGGCAUCACUGUCCAACCGAGACUAUACAGCGAAGACCUACGGAGCGAGGACACAAUGUGAACUGAUCUCGACCAAGUGUAAAUUGAAAAACAACGCUGCGAUCGUCACGUAUAACUGCUCCAGCGACUUCGCCGGGAGUUUCACUCAAACGGGCAUGAAAUCAGCAUUCUUCACCAACGCCAGCAUGGCUGAAGACAUGAGCCAGAGUAUGUACAACACGGGUGUGGGCAACCCAUACUACUUUGCGGCGGCCGACAUCAUGAGUCUGGCUGGUGGAGAAGCACCGAACUCAACCGAGUUUCUCAAGAGUCUUCAUGGCCCAUAUGCAUACAUCCUGGGCUGCAACACGACGAUCUACGACAUUGAGUACGAUCGGGUGAACAACAGCAUCACACGUUUUGUACCCACGAUCAGCAACACCUCUGCCAGCAACGUCUGGCAAACGAGCAUUUCCCACCUGAACAACUGGUAUCCCACAAUCGAGCAGACAGCGGGAGCAGCCAUUUUGAGUGGCUCAGCUCAGGUAUUUGUCGACAAGAUCGCCGAGGCCUUUAGUAAAGUCACUAUCGCCCUAGGGGCCGACGCGGUCGAUGCACGACCAGCAAUCGCGGCACAGGAUCGAGAGUCAUUUCUCGUGGCGCGGCUCCCGAAGGCUCCGCUCAUCACGUUGGUCGUGGUUAGUUUCUUAUACGUGCUCUGUGGUUUGAUUUUCACUGUCCUCGCCAUGGUGGCUGUUCGACAUAAAAUUCCUGAUAUCCAAGCCCGAAUGAGCAUUGCUGGCCUGGUGGCAGAUCGAUUUGGGGAUCCGUCUUCCUGGAGUAAGAACACCAGCGUGGACGAGAUGUUUGAAGAGUAUUCUGGGAAGUCGGAGAAACGCGUUGCUAUUGAAUCCCCGGAUGUUGAUGGGGCGCAUAGAUUCACAACCCGGACAUGGGAAUCGACAGUGGUUCACUAA